AAACAAAUUCACCAUCAAUGUCCUUGAACAUGCGGUUUCCCUGGGGAUAUAAUCAAUUAUCAGAACAAUGCAGAAUAUGACAUUCCUCCGCGCCGAGACCCUCACAUAUUCCUGCGGGGCUAUGUGUAUUAUUAUGGAAAAAGUAGUGUGUAAUUUAUGUGAGUGUAACAUGAUGCGAUACGAUAAAUAUAUUUCUGAUACCCGUAUGUUACAAGGGAGAGCAUACAUUUGAUGGAUGUCACGCAUAUAAAGAUCAGGGAAAGAAUAUGUUUAAGAGGAAGAUAGAAGCUAUAUUAAGAAACCGUUUCUUUUUGCUUGUUGCAAGUGUUACAUGUCUCUACUAUCUGAACAAAUUUUUCCAGCCGGUCCAGUUAAUUUUUAUUCACCAAAAUGUGAACACGACUUGUACAUUACCCGACCUGAAUCCUUUCGACAGCUCAAUCAUGAAAUUUAUCUACCACCCUAAACCAAUUUCUUGUGAUCUUAUCCCUUCAUUGGUAUUUAUAGACUACACAGGAUUACUUCGGUUGAAUAUAUCGCUCAAACAACGUUUAAAACUUUCCAAUUUAGAGUGCUCAUACCGCAUUAUAGAACGCAAUGGAGAAAAUGAUGUUUCUUUUUUACCAGAAAUACAGUUCAAACCUCCAGUAUACAUUCCUGCUGAUUUAAUUCAAGUUAUUUGCAAAACAGAAAGUGGAGUAGUUGUAGACAGAAUUCUUUUUAAUAUAGACAGCAAAACUGUUCUAAAAAAUAAAAAUGGAAUAAAAGACUCGAAGGAAACUUUAAACCUGUUUAUUUUCGGAUAUGAUUCGGUCUCAAGGUUAGCUGCUGAAAGGAAACUACCAAAGACAAUGAACUUUAUCAACAAGAAGCUUAAUGGUUCAACAUUGCAAGGAUAUACAAUGAUAGGAGGCAAUACAUAUCCAAAUUUAAUUGCUGUUCUUACUGGAAAACAAUCAUACAGUUCCGAACUUCCUUCUCUCAAUCUUAAGUCAGAAUUUACCGACCCAUAUCCGUUCAUUUGGAAGGAAUGUUCAAAGCGAGGUUAUGUGACGAUGUACAGUGAAGACUAUCCAGAAAUAUCUAUAUUUGCUAACAACAUGAAAGGGUUUAGAGACCCACCAGCAGAUCAUUACUUAAGACCAUAUUAUAUUGCUCAGAAGAAAGUUAGUCCCGUACAGACUAAUAUAGAAAUGUUUAAAGUAUUGAUGUAUUUAGAGAAUCAUAACAUUAAGCUUGGAAAAUAUUCCCCUUUAUGUUACAAAGAUCGUCCCAAACAUGUUCUUCAUAUGGAGCAUUAUAAGCAAUUUAUAUCAACGUACAAACAUUACGCAAAAUUUUCCUUCUCAUGGCUAACAGAAAUGACCCAUGAGUUUAUGAACUUUCUUGAACUAGUAGACGAUGAUACCGUGAACUUUUUCAAAUGGCUUCAGGAAUACGGUCAUUUACAAAACUCUGUUCUCAUUUUUAUGAGUGACCAUGGUCCAAGAAACGAGGAAAUUCGAAAUACUGCAAUAGGAAGGAUAGAAGAACGUAUGCCAUUACUAAGUAUUGUGUUACCUGAACUUUUAAAACAGAAACAUCCUCAUUUAGAGAAAAAUCUGGAGGAAAAUACACAUCGCUUGACAUCUCCAUAUGAUCUCCAUGAAACAUUAAUGGAUAUUGUCAAUAGAGAUUUCAAUGAAAAAUACAAAAUAACAUCUCGCCCAUACCCACGAGGAAUUAGUUUAUUUAGAAAUAUUCCUAAGGACAGAACAUGCGCAGAUGCCUCUAUAGCCGAACAUUUUUGUGCUUGCUACACUGCCCGGAACGUUUCUGUGAACGAUAAUACUGUAAAGAUAUUGUCUGAAUUCGCUGUAAACUCAAUCAACGAGAAACUUGCAGAAGUUAAAGACAAAUGUUCAAAGUUAAGUUUAUUCAAAAUAAUCGAUGCUCAAAAGAUAGAAUCUGGUCUAGAGAAUCAUGCCGAGUUUGGUCGGACGUCUGUGUUAAAUUUCUUUUAUUCUCCAGAAAAACAGACUGAACAACGUUAUCUUAUUUUGCUUCAAACGUCUCCAGGUCUUGCACUUUUUGAGGCAACAGUACGCUUUACAGAUAUUUCUGAUAGAAGCAGUAUAAAGCUUUUAGGUGAUGUAAGCAGAACAAACAAAUAUAGAACCCAGUCACAUUGUGUUGGAUAUCAAAAGCUCAAACCUAUAUGUUAUUGCAAAGAUCAAAUCCAGUAAUUAAAACAAACACUAUGCUUGUGUAUACAUAUAUGUCUAUGCAAAAGCUAGUUAUUUUAACUAUUUCAUAUUUAAUUAUAAGAUGCCUUUUUUUAGCUCACCUGGCCGAAAGAUUUAUAUAUAUCAAUAUAUGAAUUAAUGAUGAAAGGUAUAUAUCAAAGGAGAAGGUCCGGUAACUGCUAUGUUUGGCCUAAAAUUUUGAAGUACAUCUGAUGAAAGAAUUUUGACAUUUUUUUAAACACUUAAAAGUGCUACUUUAGUCGAUUCAAUUAGGUUUUGUAAAAUAUAUGAACUGAUUUGGUCUUAAAAGACGUUCAAAUUCAAGCUUAGAUAUGAAAAAUCUAUCAAAUAAGUAACCAAACGUCACUUUUCAGAUGGUUCUGUCUAAAAUAGAAGUGGCCGCACUCGUGUUCAAUCUCAAUCUUUAAUUGUAUUGAUAUCAAAGUUGAUUCCCACGCUUAUUUUAUAUACUAUUAUUUGAAAUCCUUCCAAAAAAGUAUUGACGUAGACGUGUUGUUUGUCCUCCUGAUUAUUGUGUGCUGUGUUGACAUAUAAGUUGUGGAAUGUUGAGUAUGGACUUUUUGUUUUGUGAUUUUAAUAACUCGACCAACGUAGCCACCAGCAAAGAUGAAACGAAUACAAAAUAAAAAGGCAAAAUAUGA